AGUCAUCGAGAACAAUAAAGGGCCAGUAACUAUCCAGCAGUCAUCACUAAAAGGCAGGUAACUCUUCAACGAUAGCAAGCAAGCUAACAAGUCAAGACACCAGCAACAACGUAGCCCCCCUCAUUUCGUUCAUCCCAGACAGACAUCAUGUUCGGUUACAGGUCUUUACUGGUCCUCCUCGUCACCCUGUCCCUGUGCCUGCUCCUGCAAUCCUCCCACUGCUCAGCGGUCAGGACUUAUGGCAACGAUUUGGACGCACGUGCAAGAAGGGAGAUCAUCAGUUUGGCAGCACGGCUCAUCAAGCUGAGCAUGUAUGGACCAGAGGAUGACUCUUUCGUCAAGCGGAACGGAGGCACGGCCGACGCCCUCUACAACCUGCCCGACCUGGAGAAGAUUGGGAAGAGAUAAUCAGCGCCGCACCACGGUCCCCCCAUCCGUUCGCAGCCCAUUGAGUCCCCUGAGCACCCUUGGCUUUUCGUCCCCCCCUCGCCAUCCUCUGAGUUCAGCAUUACGGAGCGAAAAACAAAACAGCAGCAAUAGCAUGAUUAACUGUUACGAAUAUAAGAGAAAUUAAUUUUGCUAACCAAAGAUUGAAAAACCAAAUAUAACUGACCCUUUAUACGGUGUCGUGCGAUUAUCAGAAGUGGUAAUAAAACGUAUUGGAUUUGCACA